AUAGGGCUAUUAAAAAAGGCCAUAAUGAUAUGGUAGGACUAAGUGUAGUACUCGAAGGCAAUGAAAAUAUUGGGACAAAAACAAAUGUGGCUAUUAAUGCAACUGCAACUUGUGCUACAUCUUCUUUUUCAAAUAUAGUUAACAAAGCCAGUAUUGUGACGAUCAAACCCUUUUCUCCUACCAUUACAAUAUCCUCACCUUUCUCCACUCAAAACUCUAUUGCAGCCAUAGCCAUGGCCACUACUAAUUGUGGGUUUCUUGAUUCUUGUUUUCUUUGUAAGCAGAAGCUCUUACCUGGCCAAGACAUCUACAUGUACAAGGGUGACAGGGCAUUUUGUAGCGUGGAGUGCAGGUGCUGUUGAGGUUUUUAAAUUUUUAAGAUGAAAUAGUCUUAAAAUGAGGGUGAAUGGGAA